AGGAUAUUUACAAAUAUGACCAAAACCUGCAAAGAACAGUAUUGUCCAAAUAAAUUAAAAACGGCACUGGAGUCUGUAAAGAGUGGCAGAACAAUGAGACAAACUGCAAAGGAUUUUAAAAUUCCUUAUUCAACAAUUCGUUCUAAAAUAAAAGGCGUAGCUGGACAUCCACGAACUAAAGAAUCCAUUCUUGACAGUGUGCAAUUAAUCUGCAAUAAAUUGAAGAAGACAACACCAUUUAUAAAUAAUAGACCAUCAAGAAGCUGGUAUAAGGGGUUCAUGAAACGACAUCAAGAUGUAUUAAGUACUCGAACUAGUCAAAAUUUAACGAAAAGACGAGCUAAUGUUAGUGAAAAAUCGAUCAGAUUCUGGUUUGAAGAGGUUGGCAGUUACUUAAAAUCUAAAAAUUUAUUGAAUAUUGAUCCGUCACGAAUAUUCAACUUGGAUGAAAGUUGCUUUUAUCUUACACCUAAAACUGAAAAAGUCAUUGUAAAAAGAAGUCAAAAAAGCGUCUAUAAUUUGUGUAAUGAUGAUAAGGAAUCAUUAACAGCUUUGGUUACUUGUAAUGCCAAGGGGGAAAUGCCACCAGGCUUGAUAAUGUUCAAAGGUGCUAAACUUCCUGUUAAAAUAGCCCAAUUCCUGCCAACGUCAUUUGUUGCUGGUAAAAGUGAAAAUGGCAUCUGA